AUGGCGAUCAGUCUUCUAUAUCUACCCAACGAGCUUCUCCUACUUCUAGGAGAAGUAUCCCCCCUUAGUGUGCUGAACAGUUUAAUCCUUACAAACCGUCGCUUAACAGAGCUACUUCACCCAAUACUAUGGCGAUUUGAAGAGAAUGCGGAUAUAAGCCUCGAUCUGACAGACCUGUCAAUGGAAUUCCAACCCAGCAUAAAUAGUGCCGUGGAAUUACUCCCUUAUGCUAUUUCGACCAACAACACGUUGAUAAUAAAGAAAGUUCUUCAGCGCAGCCGUCUCGAUUAUCAGAGCUAUCCCGACACAAUGAACUAUAUGCUUCAAAGUGCGGUAGACGCAGGGCGAUAUGAGUGGGUGCAGAUGCUACUGACCGCAAUGGAAGAGCAGCAUGAGACAUUUGACACUUCCACUGUGCUUGCCAUGGUACAGAGCAUGAUGGAUCGGAAUGACCUGGCCUUAACCGAGCGACUAUUACAGCAUAGCAAGAUCUCAAAGAAAAGCUGGAUCAAUCUCGGGAAACAUGCCUUGAAGCUCCACAAUGAGCAACUUUUGCGGAUUAUUCUCGAUUGCAAUCAGAUCGAUCCAGCUCCGGGACAGGCUGAUCUUAACCAUAUUCUUCAUUAUGGGGCCAUGUUUGGCCAUGUUUCGUCCGUGGCGCUACUGUCAGAACGAGGAGCGGAUGUCAAUAUGCCGGGGCUUGAUAUCGAGCAUCCGCGCGAUACCCCCCUUCAUACCGCUGCUCGGGGAAAUAAUCUAAAUGCUGUCGCUUGGAUGAUUAACCACGGGGCCGAUAUCAAUACCCGGGGCUCCAAGGAGCAGAUGGUGGUUACAGCAGCUAUUGACAAAUUGCGGACCCUGCAUUUGUCCCCUAGCCAUGGACCGGAUAUCUGUCAACGAAACUGUUGCAGGUCGCCACGCUUAGGGCUGCAACCGGGUUCGCCGGCCUUCGGGGUGGAAGCAAGGCAAUUUGACCGCUAUAUUAUGUCUCUGGCAUUCCCGACAUCUCCCGAGAUGAUAUCACUGCUAUUAGAUCAACUCGAUAUGGCCCAAAUAGGCGAGGAGAUUCUGUUCCGCGCUUCAUUCUGGCGGGGGAACAGACUAUUACUCAAGGAACUGUUGGCCAGAGGAAUUUCCUUCGCGGCCAGGCGUGAAGACAACAAUGUCCUGCACUGCAUUGUUGGUAAUACAUUUGAUCCGUUUGACGACGAUCAAGUACAACAUAAUAUCGAUGCUGCAGAGUUUGUAAUUGAUGUCCGUCCGGAAGCACUCUCAGAGGCUGGUAGGGACGGAAACACACCGCUUCACUUGGCCUUCGAUAGCCAGCAGCCAUUUCUGGUGACGGCGUUGUUGAAACGGGGAGCCUCCCCUCAUGUCCAUAAUAAUCACGGUGUAACACCCCUAGGGUUUAUGCCGGAUUACUGGGGUGAUAUGUCUCAACAAAUGUUUGCGCCAUAUCUUUGA